GAUGUCAAGGUUGACGUUCUUCGUUACGCAGCGAACAAUGUUAUUUUUGUGAAUUAUUUUAUUUUUAUUGUAUAACCAGAGCCAGUGCUUUGCAAAUAGUUCUUACUUAAAGUAUGGCUACGUGAAAAAUAUAAUUUUUGUUACUUAUACUUUGUGUUCACAAUGGAGGAGACAAACAAACUUCCGCUGAAGCGUGUGGAACUUCCACUAUCGAAGUUUAAUGAAGUAGCUAUUCCACACCAUCUCGACUUAUUGCGACAACACAAAACGAAUAUUAUUAAGUACGAAGAGGCGGGCGAGUGGGUGCGCGUGCGAGCCGAGCAGACGAACGCGCGGCGAGUGGCGGCGCAGCUGCGGACACUACUCGGCGAGCUGGAGGCGCUGCGGCGCCAGGUGCGCGCGCCCGACCUGCGCCGCUUCGACGCGCUCACGCAGCGCUCCAGGGACCUCACGCUCAAGGCGAUCGUCGACUACUUAGGUAACGUGGCGGCCAGCUGCGGACACUACUCGGCGAGCUGGAGGCGCUGCGGCGCCAGGUGCGCGCGCCCGACCUGCGCCGCUUCGACGCGCUCACGCAGCGCUCCAGGGACCUCACGCUCAAGGCGAUCGUCGACUACUUAGGAGUAAUAGAAAGCAGUUGUAGAUCGAUUGUUUCUGAAAGCAGAUCAUCCUUGCGCAGUGGUAAGGCAAUAGUAGCAAAUGAUCAUGAAUUAGUGUGAAUUAAACCUUAACAAACAUUAAUUGUAAAUAUUUUCGAGAUUUGAAAGCAUGACUGUAAAACGUUUUUGUGGAUUUAAUCAACGCUCACCUAUUUGCUUUGACAAAA